AUGAUCUUGAAGGUUUUCUACAAAACUCCAGAAGAUGAAACUGAACAGGAUAUUCGGUUGACAUUCAUUAAUCGUCCCACCAUGAACAUUAUAAAGGAGGCGCUACAGACAGUUGUAUCGAGACAGAGAACUGUGGUUAAUGAAAAUGCGCCUGAUGAUAGAAGUACAGGAACAACUGGGACGCCGGUACCGCGUUCAGCUACUCCGUCUAGUGGUGCUAAUGCAGGUGACUUGAAUAUAUCUGCUGAAGGCUCAUUGUCGGAUCAAAGUUUACUUAAAAACCAUCAACUACAACAGAAAUUAUUGCUUGAAGACAAGAACUUGAGAAAUCUUUUCACCCAGUCAGUGAUUAACUUUAAGCUCUCCCCCACCAUGUUCUGGUCUACUCGACUCAGCUUACUCCGUACAUAUGCAUUGACUGUUUCCCAGCACAGAGGUCGUUAUAAUGUGCUAUCGACCAUCAAGCCAGUUGCAACAUCUGAUAACCAAGUUAAUGUCAAUGUGACCAGAACUAUAAUCAACGAAAUUUUUGAAACAUAUCCUAUUGUGCAAAAAGCUUUUAAUGAGCUAGUACCUAACAAGUUCCAAGAGGGCGAAUUUUGGUCCCGAUUUUUCAAUUCCAAGUUGUUUAGAAGAUUGAGAGGUGACAAGAUCAAUAAUAGUACAGAUAGGGGUGACCUUAUAUUGGAUAAAUACUUGUUUGUUGAUGAAAAUUACCUGGUGAACAAAGAUAGUGAAGCUGCUGAAUCUCAAGAGAAAGCCAAAUCUGGUAAGGUUCCAAAAGGUGUCGAUGAUCCAGCCAUUAAUAUGUUCAUUGACCUUAGAAGUAAUGAGAUGGACAACUCGGUGAAGAUGGGAAAUGCUCCAGACUUCACUAUGAAGUUUGAAAACGAUAAGUCCAAUGAAAUGAUUAUAUUGAUGCAAAACAUGAAUAAAUUGAGCUCCAAGGUGAUUAACCAAGUUGCUGAUGAUAAGCGGGAAGAGCCUACAACUGAAGAAUAUGAACAAGAGUUGAAUUUGCAUGAUUUGAACGAGUCCACCAAUUUGAAGUAUAUCGAUUUGAAAAUAAACUCCUCAAUUGCUGAUACAAGCUCCUACAAAGAAAAUGUGGAUGUUCAUCUGCUCAAUGAGUAUUUUCAGAGACAAACUGUACAGCCUUCAAUUAAAGGAAUAAAUUUAAUUGACAACUAUAGUUCCAAAGACAUUGAUGACUCUUACGAUGAGAUCAAUAAAUUGAUAAGGACCAAUCGUCGGACAUUCCUGUUGGUCAAUAAAUAUGGUAACCACAAUGAUGUCUCAUUAUUAUCAAAUGAACUUGUUGAAGGGCUUCUCAAUAUGAAUUUGACAAUGAAUGAGUUUCUCUCCCAUUUUUGGAAAAUUUUCCUUAAUGAAAACAACCCAGGAAAUCUUAAGAAGUUAUUCACUAGCUUGAAAGAGUGUAAAAAGAAGUUUCUUGAAUUGGACCAACAAGCUAUCGAACAGAUUACUCAAAAGGUUAUGGCCGAGAAGAAAGACAAGGUCAUCGACGAUUUGAAGUUUAUGAUGAGUCCAAUAUUCAAUGCAUUGGACAAGGCAUUGGGAGAGUAUGUUAAAGCCGUAAGAGAAGUCAAUGAAAAUGGUAAAAGACCAUUUGAUCAAACCGAAGCAUAA